UGGAGAUGUUUGCCGAGGGGCUUGAGAGUCGCAGCCUGACGCCUCCCCCCGACCUGAGGAGCGGCGUUCGUGAGGUCCCCAGCCCCAUUCCACGGUCCCUCACUCCGCCAGCCGUUCAUCUCGUUCCGGUGGCCUUCGCAGCCGCCCAAGGGUACCAAGGUGAGCAGCGCAACGAGGCUCGAGGGCAGAUCUGCUCACACACACGGAUGGAUGGAUGGUCUCCAUUUUUCUCCUUGUCAUCAGGAACGUCGUAUCUCAAAUCGCAGUCGGUGAGCAGACCCGUGCGUGCGAAUUGGUCCUCCCCCCAAGUUUUCUUGUCUGUCAGAGCGCUCCAUAUGCGUCGACGUACGUGGUUCAGUCGUCCUCCUCCCCCCGCCCGCAGUACACGAGCAGCUCGUACCAGUCCCCCCUGUAUGGCGCCGCCCGGGGGGUGGGCUACUCCUCCCCAUCGAGAGCCAUGCCACUACACCUGGGGCUGGGGCUGGGGCUGUCGCCGCGCAGCCCCAUGCAACAGGUAUGGAAUGACACACACAGAUUCAUCGGUUGUGGGGCGAGUCGAAGAGGGGGCAAUCGGUAGUGUGGUUUUGUGUUGUGUUGUGGUGUGUUGUGGUGUGUUGUGGUGCAGGAGGGGUCUUUUUUGACGAUCACUAAGAUAUUGGACAUCAAGAAGACAGAAAACGUAUGGGGGAAACUCGACAACUCCAGGUAAAGAGGAGAGGAGGGGACGGAGGGGAUUGGGGAAGACGACAUGCCUUGCAUCUGCAUGUGGUGUGGUCAGCUAUGUGCUCAAGGUCAGUCCCAUGACGGAGUCGUGGGAGAUGUCAGACAUGGUCAUGCCCUACAUCGUCGGCUCAUUCCCAGCCACCGACAGCCCCACCACAGCCACCGCCCCUCCCCCGCCUGGCGGCACCCCGUCGCCCCUCGAGUGUGUGCUGUUUGAGGGCAAGGGCAACAUGCUGAAGGUACCCAUACACUUCGACGAACCGGCAUUCGAGCUAGAGCUGUUGCGCGAAGGUCAGAACGGAAAGACAGAGACCAUAAGUGGCUGUGGUGUGUAUUGGGGUGGUCUGUUUGUGGUCAGAUUUGCUGCAUCGCACGGCGAUCGGCAGUGCCCGUCUCCUCCGUCGCGAUCCGCAGCUGCAGGUGCCGGCGACCCACGUGCUGAGCAAGGGCGGCAGCUACGCCGCGUCCAUCAGCAUGCACAUCACCGAGGCCGCCAAGCAGCCCGCCAAGGCCUACGUGCGGCCCCAGCAGGUGACGAGCGGUGCUGGUGGGCUCGUCAGAGCCAUCAGCUACGAACACAGACCCAUCGCCCCACAAACGGUGCGGUGCCUCCACGCUCACAUGGCACCCUCCUCGCCUCUUUCCCUCCUCAUGUGCUCCGCCUUGUAUUUGUGUUGUCUUUGUCAUUCACGUCAGGGUGUGGGUCUUUCUGCGAUGGGCCGAGCGUCCGUGCCGGAGGGUGUGCCGCUGAAGGGUGUGGGUUGUCGCGUGUUGGUGGACGGGCUGCUGGACCUGGCGCCGCUGCAGGGCGGGCCAGCCAUGUAUGCCGUGCAGCUCAUGGGGGAGAGGGACGAGGUCCAGAGUGACGUCCUGGGCUUCACCCCCGCUCAGCAAGGGCCAAAGGGGGAGGCCCUCGUGCGAUUCGAUCAGGUAGCCGGGCAGCCACUCAGGUACGUACGUGCCCAAGAUCAGCAGACGCGUGGUUUUGCGUGUUGGUUGAGACGCUUGUGCGUGUUUCUGUGUGGUAAGGUUGAUGUACCACGGGCCCAAUAUCAAGGUGAAGGCGUACCGCGAGGCGAUGAAGGCCCGCACGACGCUCGGUGUGGCGCUCAUCCCCCGCGGGCAGCCCAAGAGCCCCCAGCUGACGCCAUACCACCUCACAGACGAGCAGGGGAAACAUGUUGGGACCAUCGCACUCAAGGUGGGUAACUGAGACGAGGCCUGAUGAUAGAGGGCUCUGGAAGAGACUUCUGUUUUCUCCUCCCCCCUCUCCGUUCUUGUCAGAUCAUAGAGGAUACCGAUUCGCCAUAUGCGCCCGGGCAGAUGGGCGGCGUGCGUGCGGUGACCAUCCAUCUGGAGCGGCUACUCGCCAUACCUAUGCAUCAGGGCAUCCUGGGUGGGUGGGCAUCAAGGCAGAACCAACAAGAAGGACAAGGAGGGAGGGAGGGAGGGAGGGAUGGAGGGAUGGAGGGAGGGAAUGGUGCCGUGUAUGUUUGCCAGGUGGUCAGUCGCUGAGCGACUACGUGGUGCAGGUCUCGUCCGCGAGCGGCCAACAGAUCACGCGCAAACUCGGACCGACCAAGGGCAAAACCAAGGUAUGGCUGUCCAGAAGCUUGGAACGGGUCGUCACAUCCUUCCGCAGCAUGCACGUGUCUAUGCAUGUGUGUGUGUGUGCAGGAUGGCCGCACGGAGGACGUCAUGUUCAACCUGAGUGAUCUUCGCGCCACACCAAUGCGGCUCGACACACCGGAGUAACCGACAAAGAAAACCGUCACACGACAGGACAGCAUCUUUCAUGCCUUCCUGCAUGUCUCAUCUCUGGUUUUGUGUUCUUUUCAGUCAGCAGUUGGUGGUGCGUGUGUACCGUUUGGACAGCUCGAGGAUGGAGCACCUGCUCGCCGAGGUGGCCCUCGACCGCACAGACCAGCGCCUGGGCGAGCUGGGCACCUACAAGCUCAUGCCACCGAAGAGCACCACACAGCAGCCACCCACAGCGCCGCAGGAGCUCGGGGGCAUCUCCCUCUUCAUCCGAGAGGAGACACAGUCGCCAUGGUAUUGGGGGGCGGGUUCUGAGGAAGGGAAGGCCGAUUCACUCAGGCUGCACUGCACUGCACUGCUGUCUGUGCGUGCAUGCCAUGCAUGGCAGGUAUGGCCGUCAGACGGCUUCGCGUGACGCCGGCGCCAUGCUCAUUCCGUACCGCGACCGCCGGCCAAUCCAAGACCAACCGGUAGGUGUCCUAUUCACCCACCCCCCACCCGUCCAUGUCAUGUCAUGUGUGUGUCCCUCUCUCUUUCCCUCUGUGCGCGUCGCGUGUGGGUGUGGUGUGGUGUUGCCGGCGUCAGCUACGUGACGACGGCAUGUUGGGUUUGAGUUCGGUGGUGUCGUCGUUCCUGCAGGGCCUGGAGGCCACGGCCUCGUUCGGCCUGGGCAUCGGCCGCUCCCAGCACAACCUUCACCCGCACUCGGGCGUCGCCACAGCCAUCUUCAUCCACUCCAUACACGACCUGCCAUACCAUUCCGGCGGUCAGCAACACACACCGGACCACACGACCCACCGACAGACACAACACAAUGGAUGGAUGGAUGGAUAGAUCCCGUCUGUCCGUUUGCAGGGCUGAUGCGUUCAAGCGUAGACAUAGAGGUGGGCAACGAGGAGGUGCUGCUGGACCUCUACCAGCCAGUGCAGGACGCCGGGCUGUCCGGCCCGCCACCCGGGGUCGCACGGAGGACCGACGCAGAGGCCAUGGACGCGGUUCAGAAGGAGUUCCUAUUCCAGAGAGACGACUUCACAGUGCAAGAAACGGGCAACGUGAGUUGGCAACACACACACAUACACACACAGGGGGCAUCUCUCUCUUGGUGUGUAUGGCCAUGUGUGUCUGGAUGGCUGCAGGGUUUGUGCAGCUGCGACGUGCGCCAGCGGUGUGUGAUUGCGGGCCCGCUGAGGUGUGUGUGCUAUUGUUGUAUGUGUAACCAACAUGCCCUGACUGACUGACUGCAUCCCGCAUCAAUCUGCGUGUCUGUGCAUGGGUGUUCUGUAGGUAUCAGACCAAGAUGGGUUUCCGUGUGCGCGUCUACAAGCCGGCCGGCCUCAUGGGGCUGGCCAGCGGGUAACACACCACAUCAUACCCAUACGCACGCACACGGCAUGGCAUCAUGUGUACUUGUCUCUUGUGAUGAAUGCAUUCGUCAGUGGUGAGUUGAUAGGCGAGACCAACCUGAUCGAGGCCACGGUGGAGACGUCCACCCACACAACGCGGCAGGAGGCCCUCACCAGCCCCCGCGGCAAACACGCGGGCUUCGUACGAAUCUCAUACUUCUUGUCAACCGUCCAAGUGACCAGCGACACACACAACACAACAGCACCGCGACCCACACCACACACAUCUGUAUGUGUGGCUGCAGGUUGGCCGCACGUAUGACUGGUCCACCGUAGCGGAUGAGGUGCAAGGUAGGUAGGUAGGAUGCCCUCGAGCCAUUCCUUCCUGACCGACACGCACCGUACCGUACCGUGUGCCCAUCCAUUCAGCGGGUGAGCGUCGUUUGGUUCUGCCGCGAGGCGACCUGGUGCAGCUGCCGCAGCCGACACCACAGAUGGACACACACCCGCAGCAAAAACAGCGGUACCCAGGCAGGCAGGCAGACCCUCCCAGCAAAUCACUCACUGCGUCCGUUCCGUGCGCGUCUGUCUGGUCUGCAGUGACAGCCAGGCGUACCAGCUGGAGUGGCAGCUGCUCAGCCUCAAGCGAGAACUCGACAGCACCAAGAAAGGUAAGGAAGGUGCUCAUACCCAUGGUAUAGCAUGGGAUGCAUCUUAAGUUGCAUUCAUUGUGUGUAUCUAUCGACUCAACUGAUGGGCUGGUUGGUUGCAGCUGCGGGUGCAGCUGCGGUGCCGGGCGUGCAGCCCACCCGGGGGGCCAUGCCACACGACAACCGGUGAGUGAGAGAAACAGGGAGAUGGAGACAGACCACCACCGGCAUAAAUCACGGUGGUGGGGCUUAUCUUAUGCACCGCUGUCUCGAUGUGUGUGUGUGUGUGUGUGUGUGUUGGUAAGCAGUGCGUUUGAGGGUGUCUCAGCGGGGGCGUUGCGGUUCGGCGACAUCGGGUCGGACCCCAUCACACACAGCGCACCAUACACCAAGAUAUACCAGAUGCAGCAGCAAUACCAAUCCUCCGUCAAAGAGGUUACUUACUGACGGGGGGACAGCACAACCCAACCCACCCCUACCCUCUUCAUGUGUGUGUGUGUGUGUGUGUGUGCUGAUGGUUACAGCAUCCGUUGAGUCAGCGCGAGUCUGUGGCCACGGCGCCCGACGGCACGCCGCUGUACCCCGUCACGAUGCACCGCAGCCUCAGAUUCCUAGACGUCAAUCCCAGAUACCGAAUCGAAGGCAGGCAACUUACUUAUAAGAGACAGACACCCAUACAUAAGACACACGUCUGUCUCAUGGUGGGUGGACGUGAUUCGUGUGCAAUUGCAGAUGAUGUUGGUCAGUAUUUCCACCGCCAGGCCUUCACACAGAGCGGCAAACUGGGCAGCCGAGUCACACAAGGUCGGUCGGUCGGCGGCAUUCACACACGAGACAAUGGAAUGCAUGGAUGGAUGGAUGGAUGCCAUUUGGCCCCCUAUCUAUUACCUCUUUCUGUGGGCGUCGCGUCUGUCUCUCCAUUAAUGCUUUCUGUGCAGGCACGUUGCGUGAGUCGUUGCCGCAUCCGCUCAAGACCAUCCAGGCGGACCGUGAUGGCAAGAGGGUAGACGACACACGGUGCCCCAUCUCAUGACAUCACAUCACACCACACUACAUCUCAUGCAUGGUGAAUUAAUGAGUUG